CUGUACAUUACAAGAAGAAAGAAAUUAAAGUCACUAAGUGGGUGAGAUGAGACGCGAUGAGAGAGAGAACAACAACACUUACCAUACCCAGUUCAAAAAGAGAGACUAGAGAGAGAAAGUGUAGAGAUAUGAAAAGCUCAGAAAAAAGUGGGGGAGGGCCAGCAGAAAAGCAAGAAAAUUUGGGGGAAAAGUUGAAGCUUGGAGUGUUGGUGGGGAAAAGAGGGGGACAAACCACUCCAGUAGCGGCUGGUGGUGCGCAGGAUAGCAUCAUCAUUAAUACUAAUAAAGCACAUCCUCAGCCUCUGCCUCAGCUUCAGCCUCCUCACACAGUCUCUGCUAGAAAACUCGCUGCCACUCUUUGGGAGCUCGAUCAUUACCACCUUCCCCUCUCUAAAAUGCACCACGGUGUUAAUGGUCCCCCUCCUAGGCUGCGCCGCCUCCACCACCACCACCACCACCACCACCUUUACAAGGACCAGGGCCUCGACCUCCCCUCCACCGCCACCAUUUUACCCGAUCCUCCACCUAGCUCCCCUGACGUGCCGGGGAGUGCAAGCAGUUUGAGGAGGCAUGUUGCCGCUUCACUAAUGCAACAUCAUCGAUCAAUUGAAAGGAGCAAUCAUGCUAGACAACCUGUAUCUCCUGCAAGUUAUGGCAGUUCUAUGGAGCUGGCACCCUACAACCCUGCUGUCACUCCUACCAGUUCUUUAGACUUUAAGGGAAGGAUUGGUGAGACGGGUUAUAGCCUCAAAACAUCUACGGAACUGCUAAAAGUAUUAAAUCGAAUAUGGAGCCUGGAGGAACAGCAUACAUCGAAUAUGUCACUGGUGAAAGCAUUGAAAAGGGAGCUAGAUCAUGCCCGUGCACGGAUCAAAGAGUUGGUUCGAGAUCAGCAAGCUGAUAGGCAUGAGAGAGAUGAAUUAAUGAAGCAAAUUGCAGAAGAUAAAGUAGCUAGGAAGAGCAAGGAGCAUGAUCGGAUCAGUGCUGCCAUUCAGUCUGUGAGGGAUGAACUGGAAGACGAGAGGAAGUUGAGGAAACGCUCUGAGGGUCUGCACAGGAAGUUAGCUCGGGAGCUUUAUGAUGUUAAGACUUCUCUUGCUAAUGCUUUGAAAGAGCUGGAAAGGGAGAGAAAAUCACGGAAGCUAUUGGAAGACCUUUGUGAUGAGUUUGCUUGGGAAAUAAAAGAUUAUGAACAAGAGGUGCAUGCUUUGAAACAGAAAUCUGACAAAGAUUGGGCAGACAGGGCUGAUCGUGAUCGGUUGAUUCUCCAUAUAUCUGAAUCAUGGCUUGAUGAAAGAAUGCAGAUGAAACAAAAUGGUUUAGGUGAAAAAAAUUCAAUAAUAGACAAAUUGAGCUCUGAAAUAGAGACCUUUCUAAAAGCUAAACGAACUAGUAAUCCAACGAUUAAUGAUAAUUUGGUGACAAGGGGUCCCAACCUUCGCCGAAAUUCUAUGGAAUCCAUUCCUCUAAAUGUGGCUGUUAGUGCUCCUCAAGAUGUGGAUGACGAAGAAGAUUCUGCAGACAGUGAUUCACAUUGUUUUGAGCUAAACAAACCAAGUUCUGGUGACAUCAAAUCACAUGGAGAUGAAGCUGAGGAAAGUCAUAUAGAUGAAAUGGUGAAACCAAAUCAAACAAAGAAAAAGCUUGCAUCUCGUGAAACAAUAAAAGGUCGUAACAUUACCAACUUGCAGGUGAAGUUUGAAGAACAGAUGGCUAGGGCCACAUCACGUAACGAGAAUGUAUCUCAGGUUGUGGAUAAAGAACAGAGGAGAACUGGAGAACGGAACCCUGCUGAAACAAGCAUUUCUAGGAAGUCUGAAAUUUGUGAAGCUACAGAAGAGGGCGAUUAUGAAAGAAAGAAUAAAUCUGAGGGAACCCACAGAUUGGACUCACAGAAUGUUAUCGACAACUUAAUAAGAAGUCAGCUAUUGUUAUCGGAGUCUGCGAAUGUGCAUCAUGAAAAUGAAUACAGAGUAGCUUCUUGUGGCAACCCUGAGUGGAGGAGAACUGCCAGCCCAGUAAGACAAUGGACAGCUAGACUCCCAUCCCAGGAUCUUGACAUAUCUGAGUCAUCUUCAAAAUUGCCCGUGGACUUAAAAGAGAAUACUUUGAAGGCAAAGCUACUUGAAGCGAGGACAAGGGGUCAGCGCUCGCGCUCUCGUUUAAAAGCUUCAAGAGUUUCCUCCUAGAUUAUGUGAUUCAGUUAGCUUGAGAGUAAGUUUCUAUUAUUAGGCUCUCAUGGGAUAUAUUCGGGCUUGACUUCCCCACUGAGAAUUUGCGUUUUGUGAAUAUUGGCCAAGGUACAUUUUGAAUUCAACUCGUUGUAUUAAAAUUAUAGCCGUCUUCCUUUUACUGUAAUUUUUGGAAUUGAAUUCUGUACACCCAGUGUCGGUAUAAUAGCUAAAAGAUCAGAUGGGAGUCUGAGAAUUUCGAUA